UCAUUCAGUCGAAACUAAACCCCGCCCUAUCCCCAAAGCCACCAUUCAGUUCUUUCAGGAGUGAGGAUAUGGCGGCAAGGCUGCAACACUCCCUUCAAUUUCAAACAAACAGUCUCACCACUUUCAUCUUCUCAUCAUCUUUUUCGAAUUCCAUCCAAAUCGAUUUCCGUUCGAAAUGGUUCUCUUCUUCUUCUUCUUCCAAAAGAUCAGCAGCUUCCUUAUACUGCACUUGCAGUAAUACUUCUAGUUCUAACGCCUUCAACUCAGCACCCGUCACCACAAAAGACGACCCCUUUGUCCUCACCACUCCUCUUUAUUACGUCAAUGCUCCUCCUCACAUGGGCAGUGCAUACUCCACCAUUGCCGCCGAUGCUAUUGCUCGAUUUCAGAGGCUUAUUGGAAAGAAGGUUAUAUUCAUCACCGGCACAGAUGAGCAUGGAGAGAAAAUAGCUACUGCUGCCGCUGCAGGUGGCUCCCUUCCAAAAGGCCACUGUGAUGCAAUUUCACAAUCUUAUAGGGAACUGUGGAAAGAUUUAGAUAUAUCUUAUGAUAAGUUCAUCCGCACGACUGAUCCUAAGCAUGAAGCUAUUGUGGAAGAGUUCUAUUCAAAGGUUCUUGCCAAUGGUGAUAUAUAUCAAGCUGAUUAUGAAGGACUGUAUUGUGUCAAUUGUGAGGAGUAUAAGGAUGAGAAAGAAUUGCUCGAAAACAAUUGUUGUCCAAUGCACCUGAAGCCAUGUCUCAAAAGGAAAGAAGACAAUUACUUCUUUGCCUUGUCAAAGUAUCAGAAAAAGUUAGAAGAGAUUUUAGAGCAUAAUCCAGACUUUGUACAACCAGUGUAUCGUUUAAAUGAGGUUCAAAAUUGGAUGAAAACUGGGCUCAGAGAUUUCUCUAUUUCCCGAGCAUCAGUGGAUUGGGGCAUUAGAGUUCCUAACGACCCAAAGCAAACCAUAUAUGUGUGGUUUGAUGCAUUGCUCGGUUAUAUAUCAGCAUUGUCAGAGGACCAGGAUCAACCUAGUUUACAAACUGCAAUUUCCUCUGGUUGGCCUGCUUCCCUGCACUUGAUCGGCAAGGAUAUAUUGCGUUUUCAUGCAGUUUAUUGGCCGGCUAUGUUAAUGUCGGCUGGACUAAGCCUUCCCAAGACUGUCUUUGGCCAUGGAUUCCUGACAAAGGACGGUAUGAAGAUGGGAAAGUCACUUGGGAAUACUCUUGAACCAAACGAGUUAGUACACAGAUUCGGGCCUGAUGCUGUCAGGUAUUUUUUCCUAAGAGAGGUUGAAUUUGGAAACGAUGGGGAUUACUCUGAGGAGCGCUUCAUCAAUAUUGUCAAUGCACAUCUCGCCAAUACCAUUGGCAAUCUCCUUAAUCGAACCCUUGGACUUUUGAAAAAAAACUGCCAAUCAACUUUGGUUGCUGAUUCGAGUAUUGCAGCCGAAGGAAAUGCCUUCAAGGACAGUGUAGAGAAGCUGGUUGAAAAGGCAAAGGUUCAGUAUGAAAGUCUCUUGCUAUCGUCAGCUUGUGAGACUGUGCUGGAGAUCGGCAAUGCUGGCAAUCUGUACAUUGAUGAACAUGCACCAUGGUCUCUUUUUAAACAAGGAGGCACGUCUUUUGAUUCAGCUGCAAAGGACCUCGUAGUUGUAUUAGAAGCAAUGAGGAUUAUUGCGAUUGCGUUGUCGCCAGUCGCACCAAAAUUAUGUCUCAGAAUUUAUCAACAACUUGGGUACACCGAAGAACAGUUCAAUGCUGCCACCUGGAACGAUACAAAAUGGGGCGGCCUAAAAGGUGGUCAGGUCAUGGCUCUGCCAAACCCCAUCUUCGCUAAGAUUGAAAUCGUGUCGGAAUCCGAAGAUGGACCCGUGGUCGAGAAGAAGAUUUCCAAGAAGAAACAAAAGCGGCCUCAAAGUACCGUUGGAGCCUAGGCAUUUUCAACAACUUCUUUCAUUACAUUCUAACUCGAUUGUUCUUCUCAUUAUGCGUUGUCGAGUUGUACAGUACAAAUAGAUAAUGCACCUUCCACACCGGAAUAUAAUGCCUUGUAUGUCAUGCAAUAAAAGUUGUACCUGAGAUUUCUUGAUCGGAAAAAAAGCCAAACCAAUACUAAA